CCUCUGCGUAGAUGUCGCCAACCGUAGAGACAACCUUACCUCAUCACGACCGCGUCCUCAGCUUCUGCCUCUGGCUUGGGCAGCUCCAAGAAACACUUCCCUCCGAUCAAUCAACUCACCCACUCUCAACAACAUCAUCAGCCAUGGAGGUCUUACUUGGAAUCACGGGCAAGGACUUCUGCAUCGUGGCCGCUUCCAAAGCGGCCAUGCGAGGCGCCACCAUCCUCAAGACCAGCGACGACAAGACUCGCCAACUCAACAAACACACCCUCAUGGCCUUCAGCGGCGAGGCGGGAGACACAGUACAAUUCGCCGAAUACAUCCAAGCCAACAUCCAGCUUUACAGCAUGCGCAACGCCACCGACCUGACCCCUCCCGAGACCGCCUCCUUUGUGCGCAGCGAACUCGCCAAGUCCCUGCGCUCUCGGAACCCCUACACCGUCAAUCUGCUGCUCGGCGGCUUCGACAGCCGCACCGACUCCCCCCAACUCUACUGGAUCGACUACCUCGCCUCCUGCGCUGCCCUCCCCUAUGCCGCCCACGGCUACGCCCAGUACUACUGUCUGUCCCUGCUGGACAAACACCACCAUCCCGACAUCUCUUUCGAGCAAGGCAUGAAGAUUCUACGAAUGUGCACGGAUGAACUGAAGAGACGUUUGCCCAUUGACUUCAAGGGGGUGGUGGUCAAGGUUAUCACCAAGGAUGGCAUCAGGGAGGAGCCGUACGAGGACGACAAGCAGAUCUAUGCGCCGUGAUUGCGGCGACGAGAGGGGAUUGCUGUUCCAGCAGAUGGGAAUGCAAGCGCAUGGCGUUGGGAGCAUAGGGUUCACCAUCUUGCAUUGACAGGUGGGCAAUGGACAUAGAUCGUCGUGAACGGUCAAAUGGCAUGUAUCAUCCGCUUCAUCUCUCCCUGU